AUGGAGGGCUCCUUCACAGUACGUGAAUCUGGAGAGGGGGCUUCUCCUUCUGGGCUCCCCACCUGCAGCCAGCAAGGAGGCCAGCCAGUGCCAACAGACCUAGAUGCCCAGGAAGGUGUGUGGGGCAAGGGAGAGGGCGAGGAGCGAAGGGGCCACGAAGAAGCAGCCCCUCCAUGGCAGAAGUGUAGCAUGGGGGGCAGGGGCACCUUGGCCCUGGGCACACACUUCUGAGGGGGUGCAACCAGGUGACCCCACGACAGGCUCCCUCAUGGAAGGGGAAGCCACGGGGAGGCAAGCCCAGCUGUGCCCAGGCCAGGCCUUUGGGGCUGGAUGGCAGCUCCUUCUCCUCGUGGCCUCCUCAAUGAGAUCACGGGAGAGAGGUUUGGGGAUUUCUUCCUUAAGCAUUUUAUGUGCCCAUUUUUUUAAUUUUUAUGUUUCAAACUGUCCUGUGAUAUUUGGAUGAAGGGUGUUAUACAAAUUUAAUAAAUAAGGAAGCUGCUGAAGUUGGGAAGCCAGUCUAGGUUGGGAAGGAUGUGUGGAGUAUCCAAAAACCCCACCCAGCUCCACAGGAGGCAGCGAGACGUGGGUUUGCUCACAGCAGGUUCAUGAGAGAAGUUGCUGCUCCUCAGCAUCAGGUGGAGGAAGCCUGGAGGAAGCAGACCCCCCUCUGCAACACACCUGCCUCCCUCCACAGAGCACGGCAGAACCCAAGAGCCCAGCCAGUACCACAAAGGGCUGCUGGAUCAGGCCAAUGGCCCAUCCAGUCCAGAGUCCUGUGUAGUGAUCAGGUGGGAUUGCUAUGAGGAAUUAUAACAAAUAUAGAGUAAUCCAUCUGUGUCAGCAAUGAAAGCAUUGCAUUCACUGGGUUUAAACUAUUUUGAUAUGAUUCUUGAUCAAUCCACACCUCUGCAUCCCUGUUCCAUUUCUCUUGCUUCACAAGUCACAUACACACUUAAGACAGGCAGACGUCCUGGGUCAUCAAAGACAGUGGGCAAGUUUCUUUGAUGUAGCUUUUCUGAUAUGUUAAUCUUAGGGCCAGGAAACAGAUCUCACCUGAAGGUGAUAAUGAUCGCUGUCUUCCUGGCCAUCCUUCUUAUCAUAUAUUUUCUUUGUUUAUAACCUCAGGGGUUGCCAAAUGCACUCCUUUGUAGUUCUGUUUUGUUUACCCCAGAAAUAUGUGAGCUUAAUUAGUUUUGGUAGUUUAACUUUGUUCCCACGUGGGGUUUGUUGAAAUGCUCAGAAGAAAUCUGAUUGGUUCUUACGAACACUCUGUAAAAAGCUCUUUUGUGAAUAAAAUGACCUGGGCCAGGGGCUAGAGGGAGAGAGACUGUUAUACGCACCCUUCCCAGAGUCUUGCUGGUUCAAGCCUCUGUGUGUAUUCUUAUUAAUCAGAGUUCAAUCCUUCCUCAGUCCUGCUCUCACAGUGGCUAACCGGAUGCCUGUGGGAAACCAGGGAGGGGAACAUGAGUGCAAGAGCGACUCUCCCCUCCUGAUGUUUCUUGCAAGUGGGAUUCGGAAGCAUUUCCUGCCUCCAGCUGUGGAGGGCAGAGCAUGUGAUGGCCUGGGACUCGGAACCAGAGGAGUCUCAGUCUGCACCGGACCCUUUGCCUCAGGCAUCAUCUGAACCAAGGCCUGAUCCAGAAGAGUCCCAGUCUGCACAGGUUCCCCUGCAACAAGCACCAGUUGGGCCGAGUCAGGGGCCUGAGCCUGCCCUGACUCCAGAUGCAGGGAUGACCUUGUUGCCUCUGGCUGGGCCAUCACUUACAACUGCUCCACUACCAGUUGGGUCAGGGGAGGCUGAGGCGGCCUCUGGGUCUAGUAACCCACCAAUGUCUCCCGAGCUGCAGAGACUGAGGUCUGGGAGAAGGAGAGACCUGAGUAUUCGCAGGAGAAGUGCUCACCUUCGGGUGAAACAGGGAGGUGAGUCGCCGGGGGAUCAGGACCGGCCAUUACCCCGAAAGAGAUAAAAGGCUGUUGGACCCCGCUGCAGGUUGUGGGAGCAACAUUGCUGUGUGCCAGGUCCUGCCCCUGUCCUUGUCUGGUUUCCUGCCUCGUGUCCUGCCUUGGCCCUGUCGGACUGACUCCACCCAGGGAAUCGGCACCUAGGAUAGGCCUGCUCUGUGGUCUCUUCCCCCUCCCCACUUCAGUAGCUGAAGCUUAGUCAAGCCAGGCAGGAAACCCCCCCCCCCCCGCCCCUGCAAACACACAUAGAGGUCAGAGAGCUGAGGAUUUUUCCCUGGAGUAGCAGGAAAAGAAAGACAGACCAGGUCCAGGGGCAAAAGGACCCAAACACUGCUUCCAGAAAGGAGUGAAGUGGCUUAAGAAGGCUGGACUGCAUCUUCCCUCCUGCAUCACCCCCCACCCCUCCCUGCCUUCAUUCCCCCCCCCAUUUCAGGCAAGGGAAGGGGCCACACAGAGCAGGGAAGCCUCUCUUCCUUGCCCCUCCCCUGCACAAAGAACCAGCCAGCUCCUACAAGUGGAUUUAUUUUUCUUUCUGCUCAGUGGCCGGGGGUUUCAACUGGAGCUAGGAGCCCAAAGCAGAGGUGGUCAGGAUCCUGCCUGCAACCAGGCCAGAGAGGUUCCUUGCAGAUUUGCCACACACAGACUCGUCCCCAUUCUGCUUCCACCAACCCAGGAGGAGAGCAGGGCAUUGGCCUUCAGAAAAGCCCCUGGCUUCACCCAAGGCAACUAGGCACCCAGCUGACUCCAGGGGUCAGAUCCAGACUUGGGGGGUGGGGUGGGCAGCCCCGUCAUUGCCACCCGGACCAGUCUGCUGUGAUUUCCCAGGAACGGGGGGGGGGGGCACGACUCACCAUCAGGCAGAGGCUUCCAAGAGAUGAGCUGCCUCCUUCGGAAACUUCAUGCAGCUGUGAUGGCAACGCAGCAGAGAAGAAAAGCCCCAAGGAGGAGGAGGAGCUGCUGGAGGCAAAGGCCAAAUCAUUCCCACACCCAGGGACACAGUGGCGGUGGUGGGUCACAGAUCCCUGGGAAAACGGAGUCUAGAAUGGUAGAGUUGGGGGCACCCAAGGGUCAUCAAGUCCAACCCCCUGCAAUGCAGGAGUCGUCAUCCAACUGCUUGGCUGACUGCGAGGCUGAGGGAGUCGCCCAGCACCCCCCACCCACCUGGCAGAAUCAGCACCCACCUGCAGGAAGGAGGCACCCACCAGGGGGCAUCGUGGGGGGGCAAGUCGUAGGGGUGUCCAACUGAACCCUCCUGGGGGAAAGGGGAGUUUGCCAGCACAGGAGGGACGGAUUGGCUAGGUGUUAGUAGUAGUAGUAGUAGUAGUAGUAGUAGCAGCAGCAGUAAUUUAUUUACACUCCACCCAUCUGGCUGGGUUUCCCCAGCCACUCUGGGCAGCUCCCAACAGAAUAUUAAAAACAGAAAAAAAGAUCAAGCAUUAAAAACUUCCCUAAACAGGGCUGCCUUCAGAUGUCUUCUAAAAGUCGGAUAGUAGUUUAUUUCCUUGACAUCUGAUGGGAAGGCAUUCCACAGGGCGGAAGCCACCACUGAGAAGGCCCUCUGCCUGGUUCCCUGUAACCUCACUUCUCGCAGUGAGGGAACUGCCAGGAGGCCUUCAGAGCUGGAUCUCAGUGUCUGGGCUGAACGAUGGGCGUGGAGAUGCUCCUUCAGGUAUACUGGGCAUUUGAGGCCGUUUAGGGCUUUAAAGUUCAGCACCAACACUUUGAAUUGUACCCAGAAACGUCCUGUGAGCCAAUGUAGGUCUUUCAGGACCGGUGAUAUGGUCUCGGAGGCCGCUCCCAGUCCCUAGUUAAUGCUUGCAAUUCCUGCAUUGUAGGGGGUUGGACUGGAUGACCUUUGGGGUGCCUUCCAACUUUAUGCUUCAUACAGGUCCCAGGAUAUUUGAGACUUUGUGGGGGUUGGUAGUGGAGUCAUUCCAGGGCCUCCCCAAGCACGGAGGAGGAGGGCAGGGCUCAGCCGCUGGCAUUUUGUGCUCCCCCCACACAUCAGAACGUAGGAAAUUGCCAGAUACAGAGUCAGACUCCCUCGGUCCAGCUCAGCAUCACCUCCUCUGGGUUUCAGGCAGGAACUGACAUUCUGCAUCCCAAGCAGCUGCUCUUUCCCGCUGCGCUCUCCGGACCUGCCGAAGCCGGCAAGUCGCGCAGGCAAGAAAACACGCGCAGCCAGGGAGCAGGAAGAGACCCCUCCGACCUCCCCUCUGGAGAGCCCGGCUGCGCUUUCGAACCACAGACCACCCCCCCGGCCCGCGGGCGCCCCCGGGGUCCCUUCGCCCUGCAAGCCGCCGAGCCUACCUGCUCCGGGCCAGGUAGAUCUCAAAGGUCCGGCAGCGGCGGCGGGGUCGCUUAGACUUGAGCCGCCCGGCGCCCCCAUUUUCUGACGCCGCGGCGGUGGGGCCGCGCUGGGCCGGCGCGCAGCGGAGCCGCGGGAUCCAUUUCUGGAAGGGAAAAAGUAAACAGGGCGCAGGGGCAGUGGAGCAGCCUCUCUUCGGCCAGGCGCCCCCUGGUCUGCCCGGGCAGGGAGAGGCUGAUGCCCGCCGCCGGUUCGAAAGGGGAGCCCAGCUCCGCCGGUUCGAAAGGGGAGCCCAGCUCGGCGGAGGCGCGCAAGAUGCGCGCAGCGUCGGAGGCGCGCAGGAGCGCGGGGAUCUCGGCGGGAAGGCUGCGCCCCAGAAGGGUCCCGGGACUCCGUCGGCCCCAGCACAGCCCUUCUCCGCCUCGGGAAUGGGAGUGGGGGGCUUUGUCUCGGGCGCAGGUUGCGGCCCCUCCUGGGCAAGGGGCGCGCAGGGUGAGAGACAGACGACUGGCCCGCGCGGAGAGGAAGGCUGCCCUCCCAAACAGCCCCCCGGGAAAACUAAGCGCGAAGGGCCGCCGCCAGCGCUGCGCCCCUCUCCCACCUCGCCGGACCCGCGUACCUGGCGGGGUCUCCGGCGCGGCCGGCGCAGGCUCGGGCACACGCGUUGCUCUUUCGCCAGGCGCCUGCGCGGUGCUGCGGAGAGAGGGGGAGAGGCGCCCCCCCCCAGCCCUUAUAUGCGCCGCUCUCACGGCAGGGCAGCCCCACCGCUCGGAAGUGGGGCGCUUCUGUGGCACGUGGGGAUGGAGGCAGCGUCAGACUCCCAACCCGAGGCGCCCCGCGGAGAUGGGACGCCCCCUCCUAAAAAAAAAAAAAAGCCGGGGACAUUCCCCGCUCAGUUGCUGAGGAGGGCGGAUUUGCACCCCACCCAAGGCAGCUUAGACCUGCGGGCCAUGUGCUCAACAGUCCUUGGGGAGCUUUUGCUCGCGAGGAGGACAGCGGGAGAAGGGGCGAUGGAGGAUGGCGCAUGGCCACCAACGCUGGGAGUAGCCAACUAG